UUUCUUUUUUUUUUUUUUUUUUUUAAAGGGGGUGUUCACCAGCUCCCAUUCACAUAUCUAAUGGGAGAUUCCCGCUGCUUUCCUGCUGCUGUUCCAGGAGGGUCAGGAGGGAAAGAGGAGUGAAGCAGACUGUGGAGAGAGAGAGAGAGAGAGAGAAAGAGAGAGAGAGAGCGACUCUGAGGUACAGAGGGAGUUUUUGCUGCUGAAGGAAAAGCAGAGUUUGUAGGAAGCAGAAAAUGGGACCAGCUGCCACCUUGCUCGCUCUCCUGUAUUUAUGUUCUCUGGGUGUGUGUGUUCCUACAGGGACGAACAACGCUGCACCAACACAGGCGUCUUCGCUAAAGGUGAAGAGGGCAAGAGGCGACUAUCCCGAUAUUCUACCAGAACCUGAACCCGAGCCAACCAGCCCAGUAUCAGACUUUGAAAACUCAUACAACUAUGUCUUGUCCAGACUAGCUGGCAUGGACCAGGCCAUCCACAAGUUAAAUGUCGGUCACUACACCCUGGAUGUUAAGGUCAGCCAGCUGAUGGACCGUCUGUCCAGGAUGGAUGCUAAAGUCGGGGAGCUGGAGGACAGCAUCCGGGAAGUCUACCAGCACAGCAAGGACAACCGCAAGGAGAUCGGAAGACUGGAAGGGUGCGAGAAGGGACGUAGGAUGGGAUACAAAUGCUACCUGGUGUACAACAGCUACGAGGAUUACGCCGGUGCUUCCAGAAAGUGCCUGGAACGCGGCGGACGCAUGGCGAUGCCCCGCGACCGCAAGGAGCAGGAGGCCCUGGCCGAGUACGUCAAAGCCUUCUUCCAGCCGGGGAACUGGCCUGUGUGGUUGGGCAUCAACGACCUGCGCUCUGAGGGCAUGUACCUCUUCGACGACGGGACCAGAGUCUCAUACUUCCAGUGGCGUAAACACUUUCUGUCCAGCCAGCCGGACGGAGGGAGGCGGGAGAACUGUGUGGCCAUGUCGUCGGACGAUGGCGACUGGUGGGACCACUACUGCGAUCGGACCAUGAACUAUCUGUGCGAGUUUGAUGACAGGGUGGCUCUUUAAAAUGAACUCUUUUGAAAAUAUUCUUUCUCUAUCACAUUACUUCUACUUUAUAAUCAGCUGUUAAACAUUAAAAAUAAAAAGCUAUUUUAUUUUCAAAUAAUUUAUUUCCCUUUAAAAGACACGUACCUGGAAUACCUAGGAUUUUUUUCAUAUAAAUAUCCAGUAUAAUUUCAUUUAAGUACUCAUGUGGCAUUCUUUAAGUGGUAUCAGCAUCUUGCACCAUAAAAACAUUCGCCAUGAAAGUAUUUCAUGGUUUUAGGGAAACAUAUGUCUCAAAUGCACACAGAUUCCUGUCUUGCUGUUUAAGUUCUGUACUGAAUAAGUCUGAUUUAGUGUUUUAAAUAUGAUAUUAUCCUUCCAGCUGCAGUAAUAUGAAUGUAAGCCAGUCAGGA